AUUUCACCUCCAAUCAGCGGGGAGAUAAGAGCCCUCGGCACAAGUGUGCGGGCAGUUUGGCAGCUGGGGCUGCCGAUUUAAUAGGUGAAUUUACAGGGACAACACUUGAAAAUCCCCUGGCGAGUGAACCAUUAAGCCGUCAGCUCGCUGCUCCGCUAUAAAUACUUCAGGCCCAGGUGGAGGGACGGGCAGGGGGAGCGGCGCGGGAGCCUAUGCAUGGCCGGGCAGCGCCAAGGGUGACUCCUGGGGGUGCCUCUGAGCGCUGGCAUGGCUGCGGGUGUCAUCCAGCCCCUGGCCGAGCUGCGGCUGCCCUCGCCCUUCCCGCACGGCCUCCUGCUGCCCACACACCCCGAGCCCGACUUCCCCGACCUCUCCGAGGAGGAGGAGGAAGAAGAAGAAGAGGAGGAAGAAGAGGAGGACGUGGAAGCAGUGGAGGAGAGCGUGAGGCCAGAGCUGGCCAGUGUCUCCAGCACUGCCGAGACCACCCUGCGUCUCCUCAAGUUUUCGGAGCUCAUCAGCUGCGACAUCCAGCGCUACUUCGGGCGGCGGGGCCGGGAGGAGGCCGCCGGCAGCCGCCCCGUGCCCGCGGACUGCGGCUCGCCCCGGAGCGCUGAGGCUGUGCCCGAGGCCGCGGCCCCGCGGGGCAGCCCGGGGGCCACGCACAGGCUGGGGCCGCUGGCCGAGCUCUUCGAGUACGGCGUGCACCGGUGCCUGCCCGCACGGGGCGCCGGCGGCAAGACGCAGCGGCUGGAGAGGAAGUACGGCCACAUCACCCCCAUGCACCGCAGGAAGCUGCCGCCCUCCUUCUGGAAAGAGCCAGGCCCGGGCCCCGCCAGCCUCCUGCACGCUGGCACCCCUGACUUCAGCGACCUCCUGGCCAACUGGACAGCGGAGCCAGGGCCGGAGCUGCCGGGCGUCGGGCGGGAGCUGCUGGGCCGCCCGGGGCUGGAGGCAGAGCCCUUCGCUGGGCUGUGACCCCACUGUGGCCCCGGGGGCCCCGGUCCCGCCACGUGCCACCCAGUUAAUGAUAAACCUGGUGGCCCCAGUGCCAGCACCGGGGCACUCGGAGCUGCCGGGUCGAAGCCGGUGACGGGACGAGUGAA